AUGGCUGCUGUAGUUCCAAUGGAGUCGAGUCCCGAGGUGUUCAACCAUGUGGCGCACCUGCUGGGGCUAGACAAUGCGCAUGCGUUUGUGGAUGUGUACUCGCUGGACGACCCUGACCUGCUGGCUAUGGUGCCUCGGCCCGUGAGUGCCAUUGUUCUUCUGUUCCCAUUGACUGAAGGACUUAGGGAGCCAAUUGCGUCAGGGGACGCUGGCAAGGGCCGCGACAACGGUAGCGACAACGGUAGCGAGGCUGGCAAUGGUUCGGGUGUCUCCUGGUUUAGACAAUCGAUCAAGAAUGCCUGCGGGCUGUACGCCGUGCUGCACGCAUUGAGCAACAACAAGGAAAUACUAGAGCCCACUUCAGUGUUAGGUAACUUCCUCGAGUCUCACAGUGCGAUGAGGUUUGAUGACGAACAGACGAACAAGUUUGUUCUGGAUGCCGCGGACAAAUAUCGUGAAACGUUCACCAUGGGGUCCACCAGUUACCCACAAGAUGUGGAUCCAUCACAGAUCGAGGUCAAUUUGCAUUUUGUGACUUACGUAGUACAGAACGGGCACGUAUACGAGCUGGAUGGUCGCAGGGCUGGACCCUUGGACUUAGGGACAGCGGACGACAGCGCUUCAGAUAUACUUGCGCAACCACUCCUAAAAUCUAGAAUCCAGGAACUAAUGAGCGCAGCACAGAACUCACAGGAUAGCUUGAACUUUUCCAUUCUGGGUUUAACGGAAGCCUGGGACUAG